AUGAGUUGUAACCGUUAUUUUAGCAAGGUUAAAGGUGAUUCAUUCUCAUGCAGUUCAAAAACAAAUACCAAAUCUCUUUCAAGUAGAAACAGUAUAAUGAAUUUUGAGGAUUUUUCAGUUGAAAUGAUAUAUUAUGACAAUAACUCACACUCUUCACAACAACCGUCGUCACCAGUGAAAUUGUUUUCUCCGAAAAAAAGAGCUCCUUCCCCAUUAAAUAGAAAGUCGCCAGAAGAAAGGAUGAGAAGGAUGUUGUUUAACUUUCCUUCUCCAUUGCUGAAGACCUACUGUGAAGUCUUUGUAAAACCAGAAGGGUGUAACUAUUUCUAUGUUAAAACACUUCUCCAAUUUUAUUCUUCACGUGGGAAGCUUACUGACCUUUUAAUUAAUCUGGCUUUUGAAGAGAUAGAAAAGACAAAUUGCCACAAUGCACUCUUUAGAGGAAAUACAGUAUUCACUCGGGUAUUUUUUUAUUAUUUAAACCACUAUUGCUCAGACUUUUUAACUCGAACGACUCGUAAAGUUGUCAACGAAAUUAAUUCAAAUGAAAAAUACUCGCGGCUGAAUGAACUUUCAAGAGACUCUGAUGAAUUUAAAAAAGCAUUUGAAGACAUACUAAAAGUAUUUACUAACACUCUGAAAGAAGAAAAGCCACAGUUUCCUUCGCAUCUUCAAGAAAUUUUGAGAAGUAUUUUUACACAGAUAAAUGAUUACAGAGACAAGAAGCAGGCACUCAGCACAACAACAACUUUAUUAUUCUUAAGAUUUUUACUCACUCCAUUUUCUGCUGUUCCAAACGUCUUGAUUGAGACACAGAAAUUGAUUACUGAAAUAACAAACAAAAGAAAAAGUUGUACGUUUAUUACUCAAUCGACAGACCAAACAACAAAUUUUAAAAGAUCCAUAGAAAGUUACAUAGAAGGUGUUCUAUUUGGUCCGACCACCUUUGCUUUGUCGAACAGAGGAUUUGAUUAUUCUGAGCAAGAAAACAGUCUAAUUGCUUUGAUUAAUGUUAUCAAACAAGAAAUGCGAAUCUUUUCAACAAAGUACAAAGGAGAUUUCGAUGAGGUCUUUUCGUUAUUAAAAGGGAAGACUGAUGUUCUCGCGACAUGUUCGAUCUCUUACUUCACUGAUGAAUAUACUCGGUGGAUGGAAGAACGAGAGAAAAAGGCCAUAAAAGAAAAUGAAGUUCUUCGGAAGAGAAUCGACGUCUUAAAAGAGAACAUCGACCGUAUCAAAACGCGGAUCUCAGCCGUUGAAGUCGUGUCAAAUUUUUGUUUUUAA